CGCCCCCCCGCAUCCCUGCAGGCGCUGGUGAGCGGAGGGACCAUCCUGGCCACGGUGCCGCUGGUGGUAGAUGCGGAGAAGCUGCCCAUCAACCGGCUGGCACCCAGCGGGAAGCCGGCGCUGGUGCAGAGCAGGGGGGAGAAGCGCACGGCGCACAACGCCAUCGAGAAACGCUACCGCUCCUCCAUCAACGACAAGAUCGUGGAGCUCAAGGACCUGGUGGUGGGCACCGAGGCCAAGCUCAACAAGUCGGCGAUCCUGAGGAAGGCGAUCGAGUACAUCCGCUUCCUGCAGCAGAGCAACCAGAAGCUGAAGCAGGAGAACCUCACCCUGAAGAUGGCCAUGCAGAAGAACCAGUCCCUGAAGGACCUGGUGGCCUCCUGCAGCAGGGGGGCAAAGGCGGAGGCCCCCAUGGAGGUGGUGAAGGCGGAGGUGAUGGAGAUGCUGACGCCGCCGCCCUCGGACGUGGGCUCACCGUCCCACAGCAGCCCGCUCUCGCUCAGUGGGGGCAGCAGCAACAGCAGCAGGCAUUCGGCCCCCCUCUGCGACCACGGCAAG